AUGGCGGGAACCUCAGGGCCGAUUCCAAACCCUAAGUACGAGUUCGACACUCCAAUUACCGGGCAAUGGCUGAUACACUACUCUCGCUUCUUCAACUUCCCUUCUCUCCACCAAGCUGCUUCAUCCGGUUCCAAACGCCGGAAGAAGAACACUUCGGGAACAUGGCUCUCUUCCGCUUCCAUGGUCUGCCUGCAACUCCUGCAGCAUCAAGCCGAUGGCGUCCUCCUUGUCUCUUCUCAGGGAAAAAUCUACGAACAACACCGGAUCUCGAAGCUGCAAUUCUCCUGGCCUCAGGUCCAAAAGUUCGCAAUGCGGUUCUUGUCAUCCUCUGAUGCACAAGCCUUCAUGUGCUCUGUAAAGACAACCUUGAAUGCUGUUACAAGCGGGAUUACCGGUGCUAGAGUUGGCUCAGAACUUUUGUCUACAUCUAACUUCCUAUCUUCAGAUGGAAUAAGUGAUAGUACUUCUCAAGACAUGAGCAAUCUGAAUCCUGUUGGAAACUAUUGGCCGGAAAUGCAGCUUUCAUCAGACCACAAAUACACACUAUACACUGAUGGAACACAUUCUACUCAUCAUUCAGUAGCUGGAGCUAUCCCUGCACCUCCCAGCUUGACUACUCAUCUGCCAGACACUUGCAAUGAUGGACAUAGAGAGCUGCUGAAUGUACCUGAGCUUUUCUACCCCAUUCACAAGUCUACAGAACAGGCUGCCGUUGCAGAUCCUUGCUUCUUCGGUAUGCUGACGGGGUUGGAGGUAAUGCUUAUGGAACUAGGAGGCGACCUGUCAUUGUAG